CAUGAAAAUCGAACUCGAUAGGAUUGCCCCAUGUUUUUGAUUCGGUGCUAAAUUUGCCAAGUAUUUUAUCUUCCCUUGAUACAAAUCCGUAAACCUAGAUCGGAGAUGUACAAGCCGAUUUUGAAGGCUUCCAUGAACAAAAACGAUGGAAGAUUGAUGUAGUACCAUACAUUCGUGACGAAAAAGCAAGCAACAAAAAUCGAUUACCAUUUUACAAGAAACCUGGAGGUAUCGAAAAGCAAAAUGAAGCUGGGAGAGCAGGAGAAUCAUUCAGGAGUUUUAGGUGUUAUCAGUGAACGACUGCCAGAUGGCCGGAGAUAUCGAACCGCUUGCUAUCUGUUGAUUGUUGUGCUGUUUGUCGGUAGCGUGAAUGGGGCAAACCAGUUGCACAUUGGUGGAAUUUUCCCGAUAGCAGGCAAAGGGGGCUGGCAGGGUGGGCAAGCAUGCAUGCCGGCAGCCAAGCUGGCCCUGCAAGACGUGAACGAGAAUCCUGACCUGUUGCCUGGAUUCAACCUCACACUUCACAGCAACGAUAGCGAGUGUGAACCCGGGCUGGGUGCUAGCGUUAUGUACAAUCUUCUCUACAACUCGCCCCAAAAGUUAAUGCUGCUGGCUGGAUGCAGUACCGUAUGUACAACUGUUGCAGAGGCCGCCAAGAUGUGGAAUUUGGUUGUGCUGUGCUAUGGAGCAUCGAGCCCUGCGCUUUCCGAUCGAAGUCGUUUUCCAACGCUGUUCAGAACGCAUCCAUCAGCUACGGUGCAUAAUCCAACCAGAAUCAAACUCAUGCAAAAGUUUGGUUGGUCGAGAGUUGCCAUAUUGCAGCAAGCAGAAGAAGUUUUCAUAUCGACCGUGGAAGAUCUCGAGACGCGCUGCAAAGAUGCUGGCAUUGAAAUAGUAACAAGACAAUCGUUUCUUUCCGAUCCGACCGAUGCCGUCCGCAAUUUACGGCGCCAGGAUGCACGAAUCAUAGUCGGAUUAUUUUACGUAGUGGCAGCGCGCCGGGUACUCUGCGAAAUGUACAAGCAACAGUUGUACGGGAGGGCGUACGUGUGGUUCUUUAUUGGUUGGUACGAGGAUAACUGGUAUGAAGUUAAUUUGAAGAACGAAAAUAUUUCUUGUACCAAGGAACAGAUGAAGAUCGCCGCUGAAGGCCAUCUCACAACUGAAGCAUUGAUGUGGAACCAGAACAAUCAGAAAACCAUAUCAGGAAUGUCGUCAGAAGAUUUUCGAAAACGUCUCAAUGCCGCCUUAAUAGUCGAAGGGUACGACAUAAGCCACAAUCGUUAUCCGGAAGGGUACCAGGAGGCCCCGCUUGCGUAUGAUGCCGUGUGGAGUGUUGCAUUGGCCUUCAACAAGACGAUGCAGCGCUUUACAGAACAAAACUCUGGCAAAAAUCUGAAGGAUUUUACCUACACUGAUAAGGAGACGGCUAACGCAAUCUACGCUGCGAUGAACUCGACACAGUUUCUGGGCGUAUCGGGUGUUGUUGCCUUCAGCUCGCAAGGUGAUCGUAUCGCGCUGACCCAGAUUGAACAGAUGAUCGAUGGUCAAUACUACAAGCUGGGAUACUACGAUACGCAGGCGGACAAUCUCACCUGGUUCAACAAAGAGAAAUGGGAUGGCGAGAAGGUUCCUCAGGAUCGAACCAUCGUGAGGCGUGUCCUUAGGACGGUUUCGUUACCGUUGUUCAUCUGCAUGAGCACGAUAUCAUGUUUCGGAAUAGUGGUGGCCAUUGCACUCAUCAUUUUCAAUAUUUGGCAUAGACAUCGGAGAGUGAUACAAACGUCCCAUCCGGUUUGCAACACAAUCAUGUUGUUUGGAGUUAUCAUUUGUCUUGUAUCCGUGAUAUUACUUGGUAUUGACGGCCAAUUUAUUACAGCAGAAAAUUACCCUAAGGUAUGCCAAGCUAGGGCAUGGAUUCUUUCAACUGGUUUUACACUUGCUUACGGUGCCAUGUUCAGCAAAGUAUGGCGUGUGCACCGUUUUACAACGAAAACAAAAACGGAUCCUAAGAAAAAAGUCGAACCGUGGAAACUCUAUACGAUGGUCUCCGGAUUGCUCACGGUGGAUUUGAUAAUACUUUUGACGUGGCAGAUGCAGGACCCUCUACAGCGUCGCCUUGAAACAUUUCCUUUGGAAGAUCCAAUUUCAUCGAACGACGAUGUGAAGAUACGGCCAGAACUUGAGCAUUGUGAAAGUCACAAUAAUUCGGUUUGGUUAGGCGUUAUUUAUGGAUUCAAAGGAUUGAUUCUUGUAUUUGGACUGUUUUUGGCAUACGAAACGCGCUCUUUGAAAGUGAAACAGAUCAACGAUUCCCGUUACGUGGGCAUGAGUAUUUAUAACGUCGUAGUCCUGUGCUUGAUCACCGCUCCGGUCGCCAUGGUGAUCGCGUCACAGCAGGACGCUUCGUUCGCUUUCGUGGCGCUUGCUGUAAUAUUUUGCUGUUUUCUCAGCAUGCUUCUGAUUUUCGUACCAAAGGUGAUAGAAGUUCUGCGACAUCCGAAAGAUAAGGCCGAAUCAAAGUUCAGUAACGACACGGGAAUUUCCAAGGAGGACGAAGAGCGCUACCAGAAGCUAAUAUCGGAAAACGAUGACCUGCAGAAAUUGAUCGCUCAAAAAGAAGAUAAAAUACGAUUGCUCAAACAACGAUUAACGGAACGUGAGUCGAAGAACGGUCAACCGUUCAACGAACCGGUGAAUGGCAAUUCUGUCGGCGGUGUUCAGUUUAAUCGAUCUACAUCAACCACCCUAGCUCAAAAGUAAAACGAGGCAGCUCCAGAGUGUCCGGUUGAGCGGAAACUACAAAUAACAAUCUUGCUACACUCACAAGCAUUGAUAGAAAUCAAUAUAUACAAUUGAACCUAGCUAUUGAAUGUUAGUAAAUCGAAGUAAAAAGGUUGGUAAACAGAUGCAUCGAUAGUUUAUAGAUAUAACAUAGCAGAGAACGAGCGGAAAAUAAUUAUAUUUGACAUUAGCUUUCAGUUCCAUUCAUCAAUAAAGUGAUUAUUUUAAGUAUAA